AUGGAGGCCGGAGGAGGAGGCGGCGGCCGGAGCGGCGAAGGUUCCCUCAGCGGCGGCGGCGCCCAGGCCCCGGCGUCGUCGGAGCGGGAGCGGCGGGUGCGCGCGCUGAGCGCCUACCUGAAGGGCCGCCUGGGGCCUUACGAGCCGGCGCUGAGCGCCCUGCAGGCCACGCUCGUCUGGGAGAGGCCGGCGAGGAGCGCGCUGGGCUGGGCCGGAGCUCACGCCGCCUUCGGGUGCGAGGGGCGAGGGGGGUCAGGAAAAGGGGCCUCUCGGAGGGAUGAAGGAGGCGAGGGGACGCGGGCGGGAAACGGGCUGGACGUGGGGUGAAGCUUUUCCUUCUCCUGCGGUGCUUCUGAGCACUACCUGAAGUAACAUAUCAUGAGGGAAUAUCCUUUUCAGGGGGUUGCUUUGGUUUUGGCGGGGGGUGUCGGGUAAAGUCAUGGAAUUGCAGGCUUGGGUUCUGAGGGUCAUCUAGUCCCACCCCCCUACAAUGCAUGAAUUCCCCCCCCCCCAAAAAAUGGUGCUGGAACCCACGACCCUGGCAUUAACCCAGCCAGAUGGCAAGGUAUAAAUAAAUCAUUAUUAUUAUUAUCAUCAUCAUCAAGAGGCUCCUGCUUUUCAGACUGAGCUGUCCCAGGUUGUUGUUGUUUGUUUAUUAGCACUACCUGAAGUAAUAAGUUAUUAUUGAGUGGUGUGGAAGCAGACUUGAAGUACUCUUUUAGCCUCCUUUCACAAAGUUGGAAGGGAUCCCGGGGGUCAUCUAUUCCAACCCCCUGCAAUGCAGGAAUAUUUUGCCCGAGGUGGGGCUCAAACCCACGGCCCUGAGAUUAGGGGGCUCAUACUCUACCAACAGAGAUAUCCCUGGUUGUUAUUUAUUAUAAUUACAAUUAUAUGCUUAUUUAUACUGUACCCCCCACCUUGUCCCCCCAGACUACAAGGGACUACCAGGUCUUACAACAGGUGGCUUAAACUCUCCCAACGAAAUGAGUCUCUGAAGAGGAAUAUCCAUUAUGUUUUUAUGAAGCAUGGUGGUAUUGUGAUUAAAAGGAUGACUUAUGUGGCAGCUUUGCUGAGCUCUUGUCAGGGAGCCUGGCCUAGAGGCUAGGAAGAAAGGGACUUGCUGGAGGCUGGUCCAUUUGGGGAAUGGGGCACUGCGCCACCAACCUCGAGCUGGCCUCAGUGAGCUGCCACUACCACUCCAUCACCCUUCUUACCGCCAAUCCAGGGGUUGGCAGCUUCUUGAAGAAUUUGUAGAAGUCACAGAAUUGUAGGAUUGAACGGGACCAGUCCAGCCCCCUGUGUUCCCAUGCAAUGGAGGAAUCUUUUGCCCAAUGUGGGACUCGAAUCCAAGAUCCUGAGAUCAAGAGUCUCAUGCUCUAGCAAGUGACCUGUUGUUGGGGCCCAUAUGCUACUGCCCCUGCUAAUCCCUCCUGUUUGCAUGCCUGUUGUCAGUUUUGAAUAAAAAAAAGCAAAAAGUAAUCACCUGAGGAAGAGCUCCUCUCUCCACCCUCCAUUGUGAAGACAAUUCUGCUUGCUAACUAGCUUGCAUCUAGUGUUUUGACAUCAAGACAGUAUAUGGGAUAAAAGUAUUUAUGGGAAUAGAGCCUUCUUUGUGUCCAGAAGUGAGAUUUGAACUGAUCUUAUUUUUGCUUUAGUUUUUUCCUAGCCAGAAAGUUCAUGUGUACUCUUAGAGACUUAGACCCAAGGGAAAAGGUUGCCGGCAGAAGUCAUUGCCUAGAUCUGUUUUAUAAUGUGGGUUUGUUAGGCAGGUUGGAGCAUGCUGAAUUGACAGAGUUCAGUUGCUCUCUGUUAUGAAUCAUGAGGGCUAGUGAUGGGUGUGCUGGCCAAUCCUGCACUUGCCAUGGGAACACCUGGAGACUUGAUGGAGCUGUUUGGAUACUGGAUGGAAAAGUUAGGAUCUUAGGCUUUCCUAGUGCUUCGCUCAGCAUCGAUGGGCAAAGCUAUGAUCCCCUCCCUGAGGUUCAGGCACCCUUUACAGAACCCCUUUCAAUUUCUUAGACUGAUUCUCAACUCAGCAGAGCAAAGCUUUGUCCUUGACCAGCCAAAAUCUGCCUCUUAUGUGGUCACUGCCUAUGCUUCCAGAAAGUGGUUCUGGAAAGCCAGAUUACAGACUUCUGAUUCCCUGUUCUAGAGAGUAAUGGUGUCACAUUGUGAUAGACUGCUUCUCAGAGCACCAAGCUGCUAUGGCUGCAGCAGUGCUUUUAAGGAAACAAUAGGAAAUGUGUAGUCCCCUGAACUGCCUUCAUGUGAGCAUAAGCAUGUACCUGCUCACCUACUUCUGGAAAUAAAAAGUUCAGUUGCAAUUAAUAAAAACAGAGGAUAAAUGCAGGCAGUUACACACUGCACAAGUGACUGGGGAACCCUGGUCUACCCUGCUCUCAAAGGGAAAUCCCCUGAUGCUUGAUAAUCUAUUAUUGAUAACCUGUUGUUAUUGGGUGAAGCCCUGGGAAGCUUCCCCAUUCAGUAUGACCUUCACCGCAACAAGAUUGCUUUAAAUGCACACACAUUUCCUUUGGUUGUACUGUAUUUAUCAGCCAAGUACCGUAUUUUUUGCUCUAUAAGACUCACUUUUCCCCUCCUAAAUAGUAAGGGGAAAUGUGUGUGCGUCUUAUGGAGCGAAUGCAGGCUGCGCAGCUAUCACAGAAGCCAGAACAGCAAGAGGGAUUGCUGCUUUCACUGCGCAGCGAUCCCUCUUGUUGUUCUGGCUUCUGAGAUUCAGAAUAUUUUUUUCUUGUUUUCCUCCUCCAAAAACUAGGUGCGUCUUGUAGAGCGAAAAAUACGGUAAUUUGUAUUCUGGAAAACAGACCUGAAGUGUGUUAAUUCCAUAGGUAGGACACCAAAGAAAGAUUGGCAUUGUUCUUGAUAGGAGCCUGAGGUCUUCUGUGUAUCUUCUUGCUAAGUACUAGUGUGUAAUUGGGUCUCAUUGAAGAGCCCCUUAUUACAUGCCUCAGACUGAUCAUUUAUAUCAUUAGUGCUACAGAUGGCUUGUGACUUUCUCCCAAGGGCUGCUUCUCAUUAAAUGAUUGAAAAUAGCCAUCUGUCUCUGAUUCUGGUGGAUGCAGCUCCUUCCCAACAAUACUGAUUAUAUUUGACUAAUCGUUGUAGAGCAAGCACACUGCUCUUAUUCAGUGAGGGAACAAGCAAGUCUUCAAAUCUUCUGAAAAAAAAACAGAACCUCUGAGCUCACAUGUCAUUUUGUGUGUCACUGCUGAGUGGUUCUGCCUCUCACUGACUUAACAGGCUUUUUGGCAUUCGCUGAGUAUCUCUCUUGCUACAUUUAACAGACUGCAGCCAUUCAACAAGGCUCAGCCUUAGCUUACCAGAGAUAUUAAGACUGUAAAAUCCAUAGUAAUUUAUGUUGAAACAUAAUGGCAAGGAUCUUGUGUUGGCUGCUGAGUGUUUCAGUUUGAAAAAAGUGUAAUCAAUCAUUCUUUGUAUUCAUGGAUACAAAGUUAUUUACAUGUUUACAUUUAUGGUAAAAAUAAUUUUGACUAUAGAAAGCUGUGUAACUCUUAUUCACAGCUUACUAGCACUGCAGAUUUUGCUUCUGGUUAUAAUUGAGUGGAAAGUGACCACUGACUUGAAUACUUUCUAAAUGCCGGAUAUGUUGAUACUCAUUUGUUUAUAAUGACUCUUAAGAGAUAAAUAAGAAUAACAUGAGAAUAUAUAUACACACACAGCCAUCUUUCUGUAGUCCAUAGGCAGUUUUAAGCUUUCUCCCGCUUUUCUGCAAACUCCUGACACUUGAUGCCGAACAAUUUUUCUCCCCUUGAUCUUUGUCUCUUUAAACAUUGUUCUGCCAGAAGGUACAAGCCAUUGUAAACUGGUUCCUUUUUUUUUCUUUUUCUUUUUUUUUUAAAUAAUAUUUAUUAAAGUUUCAAAAAAUACAAGAAAUACAAAAUACAGAAAAAAGAGUAAAGUUUUUUUUAAAGUAUAACAAAAAAGUAAAGGAUAAAAAGGAAACAUACAAAAUAAAACAGUUAAAAAAACAUUAAUUUUCCAAACCUAUCUUCCCUAGACUUAUUUCCCCGGACCUCCUCAUACCUCCCUUUUUUGUAUUCCAGUUCAGUUUGUUGGUUCAGCAAAUCCUUACCAUUAAACUUUUGCCCAAUUGUAAACCUUUUUUCAUAUCUCUUAAAGCAUUACAGCUAAAAACCUCUUAGUUUCUAUCCAGCAUCCUUCUAAGGUUCCUUAAUUUUACAAUAUUUCUGUAAAUAAUCUUUAAAUUUCUUCCAGUCUUCUUUCACCGUCUCUUCUCCCUGGUCUCGGAUUCUGCCAGUCAUUUCCUGUAAACUGGUUCCUGUCCAUAGCAACUCAUAUGCUUAAGAUUUCAAUAUAAUGAUAAGAAAUAAGCUGCAGCUGCCAUAAAUGUCAGUUUCCUUCUUGAUUGGCAGAGUGAAUAGCUAAAAUGAUCAGUUUUCAGAUCAUUGAUCAGAAACAGGAUGAUAUUUGGUGGAUGUCAUAGAGGUCACACACACAAAAUCGUCUCUCUCACAUUAUUUAACCCUAAUGGAAAUAUACUCCAAAAAGCUGUUGUGAUACCUUCCAUUCCUUACCUGUUGUUUUCUAACCUCUUCCUGCCAAUCAUAAGGCAAUGAUUAUUUAUCUUGGGAUUCUCCUGCUCCAUGGCCUAACAUCAGCUCUUGCUUUUAAGGUAACAUUUCUAGAGGAAAAUUGUGUACUGACUAGCUUUAUUUUCCCUCAGGUUUUUUGCCCUGACGUCUCUUCAUCUGCUAUUCUUGGUUGCUUUCACCCUGAUACUAAUAGUGUGUUUAGAUCAGUGGAAGAAUAAAAUAUGGCCUGAAAUAAGAGGUAUGUUUUUCCCCACUUGACCCUUGAAUUCAGCUGUGGUCUCUUCCCCCACCCCCAUUUCUGAACUCAAGAAAUUGCAGGUCUCAUUAAUCAAAACAGUCAUUGACAAAGAUCUUGUAAACUGGGCGCCUUCCUAGUUGAAAUGAAUGUUUAGGAGUUGAUAGUGUUGAAAAGGCUCCCUGGCUGCUCAGAUGGUGGGAGGGAGAAGAGCAAUUCCACCAUAAUGAAACUGGCGGUUUGGAAAAUUGGGAUUUGUAUUUCAGGUUGCUGCAUUUUCACUACUUGUUCAUGUGUAGGAGCUUUGCUUUCCAAGUUCACUUACCCAGAUCUCAGAUGUUCCAAAGAUCUGCUUUUGUUCUCUAGCUCCAGAAAAAGCCUUUGUUUAUCAAUGUUAAAACAUAUUCCAAAGGGAUAUUUUUUCUUAUUGGUUAUAGAGACAUACAGUCCAGGCUUUAGUUCAUCAUUAAAUUGAGCAUUGAACUAACAUCUUGGUGUAUAUCUUAAAUUAUAUUUUAGUCUGAAAGCGGUCAUGUCAAUUCAAAAAACCAUAGUAUAAUUUCUUAGGGAGGUAACCAUGGUAAAAAAAUUUAUUUGUUGACUAUAGUAGUAGUUUAUGAUAUAGAAAGCUGUAUUCAUGAAGGAUGGAAGAAUAAAUUAAAGCAGUAGUUUUAAAGGCUUCAUUGAACACUGAAACCUGAUGGUUUUUCUCUCUAACAUGCUGGAGCUGAGGUAAUAUUUGAUUCAAAAAAAACUUGUUCCCAAUUGAAAGCCUGCUUGCAUUUUGAGAACUAUCAUCUUAGAUAAAAACUAAAAGAGUAUUAGUUCAGGUUGCACAUAAUGCUAAGCAAAAUCAUGGUUUAGUGCAAGGCCGCAGGUCCUUGGGAGAGGAGAUGGUGGUUUCUUGUUCCUCCAGUCCUGCUGCUAUGAGCCAAGCCAUAGUUUGGCUUAGUACGUCAUCCAAACCCACGCUUGUGGUCUGUCUCCAUAAGAUAAACCAUGAGCUGUAAAACAAGGGUAAACUUGAGUUACUUUUGUGUCAGACCAUGAGCUUGAUUUCAGAUUACGGUACAUGAAUGACUGAAAAGCAAAGUGACCGUAAUAUCUUCUCUGGCAACCCACACAUUUGCACUAAGCUAUGGUGAGGUUUAGCAUUACAUGCUAACCAGAUCAUUGACUGCUAGCCCCACCCCCAGGCUGCUAUAAUAAUAAGAGCAUUACAAGAAGCUAUCUUGAGCAGUGUUUUAAUUUUUAAAAUACAUUUUAAAUAUAUUUGCAGAUUUAUAAACUGCCUCACAAACGACAACAAAAUAGCAGUGUGCAAUAAAAUACAAAAUGUUUGCAUUUGUAAACUAAAGGCAACAGAACCAUUUCUACAAUUGUACAAUUGCAUCUGUACAAAAUUACAAACAUAAUAAAUAAAAAAGUUGAGUUUAUAAAAGUGGGGGCACAGGAUAAAAUACUAAGCUCAGGAUGUUUUCAGUUGCAGGCUGUCAGUGGGAAACAAUUAUGCAUUAUUCUCAAGUCAUCUGUGUAUUUUAAUUAUGCAGCAAAGAGUUUUCCCAGGCAUUUCCCUCACAACUAAUCCUCAUCUGUCUUUAAUGUUUUAGUAGCAAGACCUGAUGAAUUAGACAAUGAAAGGUAUGAAAAAUUGAAUAUCCUUUUCUUUGUAGCAUGUCUCAUGUUACAUGUGCUUGUGUGGCUUAGCUGUAAUGCUUUUUGUUAAUUUAAACCUUAUUGGCAAAUGAAUGCCCUUCCAUGGCUGGAUGAAAGGAAAGAUCCCUUGCUCCUAAAUAUUGUCGCUUACCUACCUCUUCUCAUAGUUUGUAACUAAGGCUGCGAUCCUAUGCUUGCUUGGGAGAAAGUAUACUGCUAGGUAACAGAGUAAGGUUGCAAUUCUGUGUCCUAUUGCAGUGAAUAGGACAUCAUUCUGAGUUGCCAUGUAGAGUAUUGUGCUGUAAACCAUUACAGUGCUACCUUGGUUUGCAUACGUCCUGGUUUGCAUACGUUUUGGAUUACAAACACGUCAAACCCGGAAGUGCGUGUCCUGGUUUGCAACCUUUUUCUGGAUCACAACCCUUUUUUUUUUUUUUUUUUUAACCGAACAAAAAAAUUUUGGAGGCCUCAUUGGCGAAAGCAUGCCUUGGGUUACAACCUGUUUUGGUUUACAAACGGACCUCCAGAAUGGAUUAUGUGUAAACUAAGGUACCACUGUAUUAGGCUUAGGCUGCAAGCUACAUAAAUCUGAGACCUUGAACUCUGCAUACACUGGGUUCUUAGAAUCCCCAGUUUUCCUGUUAAAAUGGGUUGAAAAGCUGGGGAAAUCCAACCCCUUCACUGCUCCUUAAUCUCUUUGAGUGCACAGCCAAGGACAUGGAGAUUUAAGUACUUAUUAACACCCUUUAAACAGCCUAAUUGUGAAUACAUGUGAGUGGCUUGUCUGCCCUUUAGAAGGUUUCCUCCAGUGUUAAAUUCUUCUGCACAUAUCCCAUUGAAAUGAAUUGAGAAAAUUUCAUUCACUUCUGUGGGUUAUGUGUUUGGGAGUGCUGCUGCUUUAGAAAGGGCUCAGAUUAAGCAAGUGUGGGUUUCAAGUUCAAAUGCAGGGUCCGUUUCUUGCGUGUGAAACGUGAACCCUGAGCAGCUUUGAUGAGGUGGAAUGAGAAGAGGGCUAUUUUAAAACUCUAGUAGGUUUUCUUGAUAUUCUAUCAGCAAGGUAAGAUGUCCUUUUUUGUUGUCCCUCCAGCUGGGGCUAUGUCCACCCCCGACUGCUGAGUGUGCCUGAACUAUGUCACUAUUUGGCAGAAGGAUGGGUCACAGCAGACAGCUUCAUGAGGAACCUGUUGGGCUUCAAAAGGCAAAAUCCUGGCAAGGUGAAAAGCAGUUCUCAUUGGUAUUAGCCAUCAGGGAACGGGUUGGAGGAGAAGGGGGAGCAAAGAACAAAGAAUAGCAGCAGUUUGAAUUACUCUUUUAUUUAUGUAGAGGUAUAAUCCGUCUGUAACUGUACGCAAAGUGCUCUGUACAGGUGUGCCUUCAUUACUGGGAAAGAAGGAAACUGGAGGGUUGAGAGGCAGGUACAAAGGGGAAGAGGAAUGGGAUGCCAAAAUGGAAAAUACUGCAGCCAUCCUAUUAGAUGGAGCUUUCAUCAGACUGGUCUUGCUUCCACCUACAUUCCAAAGUAGAAAUGUUGCCCUGAUUCUGUCAAAAUCACUCCAGGGCUUGGUCCAAAGGCAGCUGUGGCUCAUGAUGUUCCUCCCUCCCUCUCUCCUAAUGCUUAUGCAAGGCUUCUCAAGCAGAAUUCCUCUGUUUUGGUCUCUGUUCCCAAGCAGUGAGCUUGCUGGCAGCAGGCAGUGUCUCUGUAUGAUCUUGAGCUGUAGGAGCCACUUUGCUCACUUUUUUUAAUUCAGUAGAGACUAACUUUGGGUUUUGUUUUCCAGUUCUGCCUUCUGGCUUGCGGUGUCCUCACAUUUUUGGCUGUGUUGGGCCAGUACAUUCCAGGUGUCUGUCUUGCCUAUCUAACAAGUGAGUGUCUGUGUGCUGGGCGGGGAUUGGGCAAGAAGUGUGCCCUUCACUUGAAAGUACAGAGCAUUUGCAAACAAGGUUAUUCUGAGCUGUUCCAAGUCGGUUGCAUUGCAAACUUGUGUGUACAAAAUGUUUAAACAGUCCAUUAAGUGGUUUACAAAAAAAGAAGAAAGUACAAAGCAAACAAUAAAACCACAAACAUAUCUAUACGUUUAGAUAAGAUCUUUAUGUAUGAUAUAAUACAUGAUAUCUCUGUUCUAUUAUAUUGUAUCCCAAAAUGCCGUCUGAGAGAGUUUAUUGAGCACCAACCCUCUAAUCAUCCUCUUCCUGCAGUGGUUUCCUUUUUUUUUUAAUAAUAAUUUUUAUUAAGUCUUCCAUUUUAACAAUCAAAUCAAAUCACAUUAAAUAUUCCAAAUUCAUAUCAUAAAGUCCACAUAUUUUGCCAGAUUAUAACUUUUUGUUGGGGCUUCCCAUGCUUCAAGUUCAGUGGGUUCCAAUCAUCUUAUGUUUCUACUGCCUUGAGUUUCCAAAAGUUCCUUCUUUGAGUCCUCCUGUUGCUAUCCUUCUCCUGCAGUGGUUUCCAUCCUUCUGUGGCCGCUUGCUGUCUACCACCGGCUGGGUCACCGCCUGUACACCAAAUUGGAGCCAGCUCUGCAGCGGCUAGACUUCAGUGUUCAUGGCUACAUGACGUCCAAACAUAAGGAGAGGCAAUGUAAGUCUUGUGCAGGGCUGGUACCAACUCACCCACUUCUUGUCUGCGACCUCUUCUUGUUGGUGAUGCGAGGAACCUGAGAAGAGCGGAUGAAAACACUGAAUGAAUCAGUAGUUACCUAAGAAUGUUCCUCGCAUCCCUGACCACAGUUUUUUUGAGGGGGGAGGUUGGGGGGGAGGAAGGGAAUGAGCAUUUCCCACAAUUGAUGAGCAAUUGAAUGUCCGAACUGUUUCUAACAUGGGGCCGGAAUUGUUGCAGUCCUAAUUAGGGCACAGUGGUCAGUUAGCGUUUUAGCUCUUGGGGUGCCCCUCCUUGCCCUCUGCAGCCUCUGGUUUGCAAUCCCAAAGUCUUCUCUCUGGAUCACGCCUGUUUCUUCUGCUUGGCUUCUUUAUGGGCAUGCAGAGUUGUUUCCUUCCCAAUUAUAACUGCUAUUCCGUGCUCUGAUUUCUCUGCAGUGCGACACCAGAUGCUGAGCCAUCAUGCUGCUGGUGCUGAUGGGAGCGACAGUGAAGAAGAACUUGCUGCUUUCUGUCCCACGGUAAAUAGGGCAUGGAACUUGUUAAAGAAUAAAGGUAAAGGUACCCCUGACCAUUGGGUCCAGUCGCGGACGACUCUGGGGUUGUGGUGCUCAUCUCGUUUUAUUGGCCAAGGGAGCCGGCGUACAGCUUCCGGGUCAUGUGGCCAGCAUGACUAAGCCGCUUCUGGUGAACCAGAACAGUGUACGGAAACGCCAUUUACCUUCCCGCUGGAGCGGUACCUAUUUAUCUACUUGUACUUUGACAUGCUUUCAAACUGCUAGGUGGGCAGGAGCUGGAACUGAACAACAGGAGCUCACCCCGUCGCCAGGAUCUGAACCACCGACCUUUUGAUUGGCAAGGCCUAGGCUCUGUGGUUUAGACCACAGCGCCACCCGCUGCUAAGAUAGGGUGCUGCUAAGAUUGGGGUGGGGGAGGGUAAGCAACAAGGAGGCCUAUGAGUUUUUACUCAUGGUCAAACUUGCCUGAUUUCUGAGAUAUAGCAUCUCCUGCUGGCUCUAUUCUUCUUAACUUGAAUAUGAAGUUUAAUUUUUUUAUAGUGCCAUUGGAUUUCCCUCAUAACAUCUACAUCCCAUACUUUCAGAAGCAGAUUUAGGCAUUUUUAAUUUCAUAAAACAAUUUUUGGGCAACACUGGAUGGCUGUAAAAUGAAGUAAAGACCUCCAGAAUGGAAAUGAAGAACUGGAGGGCAGUGCCUGGCUUUCAAGUUCCUCAUUUCCAUUGCUGAGAGGAAUGUCUCUGGGUCCAUGUGGUGUUGAAUGGCAUUGUGGAGGUAUGUGUGCUCUCCAGUAACCCCAAAUUACCUUGCUUAGAUCUUUUUUUUAUCACUUGCUUCUUUUCAAGUUGGAUGAUGCAAUAGUUGCCAAAGAGCUGGCUAUCUCUGAUUCGGAGCACUCUGAUGCAGAAGUAUCCUAUACUGAGAAUGGGACAUUUAAUCUCUCACGAGGUCAAACCCCCCUGACAGAGGGAUCUGAAGGUGAGGACAGCUAUUAUCGAAGUUAUUAAAGAACAUAGUUGCUACCAAAUAACAUAUUAAUCGUACUGUUGCAGCUGUUGGUUGUUGGGAUAAAAAAAGCAAGAUAUCAGAACCUGGAUAAAGUGAAGGUUUGCCUUGGUCCUGCUCUAAAAAGCUUGUAGUUUACAUUGAAUGAAGCAGACAAAGAUUGGUGCAGGCAGACGUUGGUCCACGGAGUGACAGAAUCUGGAAUUUUAUUCUUUGAAAUGGGAACUUUCUGGUGUUAAGAGUUAGAAAGGCUUCUGCCUGUCGGAUUGUUUUAAGACCCAUUUGCAAAUUAAGAAUGCCAGAACCCAGAUAGUUAGUUCUUGGUACCUCGGAUUCAAUUCUGAGGUCUGCUGCAGUACAGAAGCUUUGUAAAUUUUCUCUCUCAUGCAGAAGAGGCAGCUCAGUCAAGUAUUUGGGAAUAGGUUUCAUAACUCUAUAAUUUUUUAUUCGCCCCCCCCAAACAUUAUAGAUCCCUGUGGGAAGACAAUAUAGUUUUAAAGAAAUUAUUGCCUGUUUUCCAAUAGGAAGUUAGACUACUUAGUGGUAGGCAAAGACAUCGAGUAAUGACUUUUCGCCAAACUAAUUCUCUCUCAAUAGACUUUGAUGGCCACAGCGACCCUGAGGAAUCCUUUGCCCGAGAUCUUCCAGAUUUCCCUUCCAUAAACCCUGAGGUGACAGGCAUAGACGAUGAAGAUGAUACCAGCAUAGGCAUACCAAGCCUUGCCUGCCGUGUACAAGGCCAGGAAGAGCUGCGACUUUCUCAUGACCGGGAGGAAGUGACCUCGGAUAUCCUAGGUAACCUGCCAUUAAUGCACAACCUCACAGAUGACUUGGCUGGCUUUGUGACCAGGGGAAUGAUCCAGCUGGCCUUGUCAGGAGCCUCCCAGUCUGGCUCCGUGCCUGGCAACAGACGGCAGCAAAGUGCCAGGGCCUUCCUCCGGACCUCCAGCUCGGAGCUUGAUACGGAUGCUGAAGGAGAUGACUUCGAACUGCUGGAUCAGUCAGAGCUGAAUCAGAUGGAUCCAUCCAGUUCCCGCGGCCAAUGA